AUGGGCCACAGCCAUGGCCACAGCCACGUGGGCCAGCACCGGAAGCACCCAGGAGGCUGGGAUGAUGCUGGCAGCAUGCAUCACCACCCGAUCAGCCUCAACAAGUAUGACUCAGGUCACUUUGGAAAAGUUAGUGUGAGGCAUUACUCCUUAAAGAGAAACCACAGCCUCUGCCCAGCUGUUGACCUUGACAAACUGUGGAUCUUGGUCAGUGAGCCGACACCAGUAAAUGCUGCCAAACACAGGACUGGAGUUGUUCCUAUCACUGAUGUGCUGUGCCCUGCCUACUGCAAAGUUUUGGGGGAAGGGAAAGCUCCCAAAAUGGCCUGUCACUGUGAAGGACAGAUUCUUUGGUAG